CAGCUGACAAAGUCAAUGCGAAUCUGUUAUAAAACCUACUAGAGUCUAGAAUCUACAGAGUACAAAGUACAGAGGCACUCACAAGUCCAUCAAAAUCUAAAAAAAAUUUCUGCAAAAUUUGUUUUGAUCGCAAGCAAGAAGAUCUUGUAGCGUGCUGAACACAGAAUGAAAUGAUAGAAUGAGCUUGAAGCGUGUUGUGUGUGGCAUUUCAGGGGGAGUAGACAGUGCAGUUGCUGCACUGCUGCUCAAAAGAAGAGGUUUUGAAGUCGUGGGACUGUUUAUGAGAAACUGGGAUAUCCGAGAUGAAAAAGGCAAAUGUUCGUCUGAUGUGGAUGAAGAGGACGCCGCCUGGGUGUGCAAAACUCUGGAUAUCCCAUUCUUCCAAGUCAACUUUGUGAAAGAGUAUUGGCAUGAAGUGUUCAGUGAAUUAAUCAAGGACUACACUGAGGGGGUAACACCUAACCCUGACAUAUUAUGUAAUCGCCAUGUCAAGUUCAAUCACUUCAUCAACCACGCUGAGAGUAAAUUUGGCACCAAUGCCAUUGCCACUGGUCACUAUGCCAAGACAAGUGCUGGCUAUAACCUACAACAGAUAGAUCCAGACAUUGGUGUCACUUUACUCUGCUCUAAAGACACUGAAAAGGACCAAACAUUUUUCCUCAGUCAAAUCAGCCAAAAGGCCUUACAGAAAACAAUAUUUCCUGUUGGAGAUUUGCUAAAGCAUGAAGUGAAAAGGAUAGCAGUGGAAGCCGGGAUGGAGAGAAUUGCCAAGAAAAAGGAGAGUAUGGGAAUUUGCUUCAUUGGCUCAAGAAAUUUUCACAAUUUUAUUGAAGACUACAUAGAGCCAAAGGAAGGUAACUUUGUUGAUGUGGAGACUGGGAAAAUUGUUGGCAAACACAAAGGUCAUCAUUACUGGACAAUUGGCCAGAGAUGCCUUAUUCAAGGUCUGCCAAAGGCUUUCUUUGCUUGUGAAAUCAAAGCCGACACCAAUGAAGUCAUAGUGGCCCUAGGCACUGACCAUCCUGCCCUGUUCACUGACACCCUCAGGCUUGGACCCUGCCACUGGAUCAACUCACCCCCUCCCUCACUCCUCCAGUCUGGCCAAUUUGACGCCAAGUUCCGCUUCCAGCACAAGCAUCCGCUGGUUGGAUGCUCCGGUAAAAUAGACCAGACUGGUCACUGUUCACUGACCUUGGAUUUCCCCAUGAGGGCGCUGACGCCUGGUCAGUUUGCUGUGUUUUACCAGGACGAUGUUUGUGUAGGGAGUGCUCGCAUCCUGGAAGUGGGACCUACGUUGUACGAGUUAGAUGUCAGAGAGAGGGUUGUGUUUCCGAAGGAGUUUUCGUGAAGCCUGUGUGAGCUAGUCUGUUGAUUGUUAUCCUUAAAAUGUUAAUGUCCCAAA